CUUACAGAUAUUCUGCUCCGCGCCGGAGUAGAGUAACUGAUUUCCUCAGAGCUCCUUCGCCACCUCCAGAUCCAACCCUACCCGGCGUCCCGUUAAUCCGGUUAACAGACGAGCAAGAAAUGGCCAAAAGAAGUCGAAUCAAAAACCUUCUAACCGUGACCUUAGCCGAGAUACCAAGUGUCGUCGCUCGCUCCCCGGUUGCCGGUCAAUCGAGCGCCGCCGUGGUUGCGCUAGCUUCUCCAGCUGCCGGGCAGUCUGGCCAAGAAACACGCCGGGCGGGCAAAAGACCACGGGCCGAUCCUUCUGCCGAGCUCAUCACCGAGCUGGCAACCGAGCAACCGGUCGACAGGGUCAGCUCCAUCCCAGCAUGGCGGCCGCAGCUGAAGCACCGGGGAAAAGAGAUCCCGGCAAAUGCUUCGAUCAAGGGAGACAAGGAGCACUUACUCGCUUUCGAUCUCUCCAAGGCUUUGCUGCUUCCCAGCGAUGUGGUUGGAAGCGACCAUGUCCCUGACACCCGGCUGGUCAAAUCCGCCGUGAAGUCCAUGACCAAGGCCAUCCAAAAGCAGCACCUGGUCAUGGAGCGCAUCCACAGACUCCGGAAGAAGGCCAACGACACAGCCAGCCAGGUUGAGAGCCUUCAAGCCGAGCUAGGCCGGGCUAAGUCAUCCCUUGAGAUGGCCAACGCCGACAAUAACAGACUGCUCGGUCAGCUGAAUGCGGCCGAGAAAAAACAAAACGAGCUCCAAACCGAGGUGGACACCCUGAAGAAGUCCAAGAAGAAGGCUUGCUGGGCUGCCAACAACGCCGGUUUUAACGAGGCCGAGCAGAGCUACAAGAAGCAGGUCUUUGCAACACAAGACAUCUACUUCAAGGCCGGUUGGAAGUCUGCCUGCGAACACCUCGGCCAGGGCUCUGACACCGACGUAUUUGCCAACCCUCCUCCAGCUUCGCUACCGGUCUACCUCGUGCCUUAUGCAAACGACGUCUUCAGCGCUUUGCAAGCUGAGGCCGAGGAAGGACUUGAAGAGGGAGGCGGCGAGACAGAUUCCGAGGCAGAGGAGGCCGAGGUGCAAGAGCAGCCCGGCAAUGAUGAGCCCGGCGCCCAAGAAGCAAGUCAAGCCAUCAACCUUGAUGCUGAUGCUGGCGAGGACGAGUUCACCAAUCUCUCCUCCUUAGUUUAGUUUUCUUUUCUCUUUUGCAUUUUUGCUUUCAACGCUUUUGAUGUAACCGGGCUCUGUCCCCACCUUUUGUAGUGAUUUUCUUAUCAAUGAAAAAUUCAAAUUUUACCAAGUGUUUGCAUGGUUGUCAUCCAAUCUAUCUUCAGCAAAACAUCUCGGCAUAAAUCAUUGUUUGAACGAAACACCUCGUCAACCGGAAUUCCUACCUCGGUUGAAGCACUUAAGCAGAACAAAACAACAAAUUCAUAAACUGAAAUAACCAUCUUGGUUGGUAGUAACAAAGUUGAACAAAUCAUCAACACUUCCAACCGGAUUAGAUCAUCUCGGUUGGGAAUCCAAAGUUGGCCAAAACACAAACUCUUCCGACCGGAGUACAUCAUCUCGGUUGGGAAUUCAA